AUGGCCGAAACCGCUCCUGCUCCUCCAGCUGAAAGCGCUGCUAAGAAGAAACAGCCAAAGAAGGCGACAGCUUUGAAAAGCCGCUCGGUGAAGUCUGGUCCCAGCGUGUCCGAGCUCAUCGUGAAGGCGGUGUCCGCGUCGAAAGAGCGCAGCGGUGUGUCACUUGCCGCGCUGAAGAAAGCCUUAGCCGCAACAGGCUACGAUGUGGAGAAGAACAACAGUCGCCUCAAACUCGCUGUCAAGAGCUUGGUCACCAAAGAGACUCUCACCCAGGUGAAAGGGAGCGGGGCCUCUGGCUCUUUUAAGCUGAACAAGAAACAGGUGGAGAGCAACGAAAAAGCAGCCAAAAAGGAAGCCAAGCCUAAAAAAGCAGCUCCUAAAAAAGCCACAAAAUCACCCAAGAAGUCCAAAAAGGCUCCAGCCGGGGUGAAGAAGAGCCCUAAGAAAGCCAAGAAGCCGGCAGCUGUUGCCAAAAAGGCUGCAAAGAGUCCUAAAAAGCCUAAAGCUGUAAAGCCCAAGAGAGCCGCUAAGAGUCCGGCUACCAAGGCUGCAAAACCCAAACCCGCGAAAAGCGCUGCUAAGGCUAAAGUCAAGGUGUCAAAAAGCAAGAAAACCGCAGCCAAAAAGUAG